AUGUCUACUCAUUCCACACCAUCCCCGCCACAGGGACCCGUACAGGAUAUUGAUGAGACGAAACUACCAAGUGGGCAAUGUCGUUACAUUCUACUCAACCCGGAGAUCAAGGGUCACCGUUGUGGUUGCGUUGGUUUCACUCUGAACCGUUUGCUACCUGGUGUUGCGUGUGAAUGUGGUCAUCUCUCAUGUUAUCAUAUCAAGGGUCCUGAACAGCCCCCAGAUAAGGCCCAGAUAGAGCAACUUAUACGGAGGGUUCAGGCAUUGGAGGAGCAACUCGACCGGGAGAACCAGGGUGGUCUGGGCAGCGCCCUGGGAGAUGUUGUGAGGCGCUUGGGCAGUCUCGAAGAGCAGUAUGAGAAAAGCAAGGAGGACCUCGGACAAGAGAAUCGAAAUAUCUACAGGCAGAUCACCAGCGUUUGGCAGUCUGUGGAGCAGACGGCGAAGCGACAGACCGAGGUGCACAACCGCCUGACGAUGAAUGAUGAACGACUUGACGAGCAUGAUGAUAGCAUGCAGAAAUUGGAGAGGAGAUUGAUGGAGGCAGACGAUGCCGCCAUCGACUUGGAAGAACGUGUAGACAGGCUGGAAGACUUGACUCCAACAAAACCUCGACAUCGGCGCACUUCCUCUUUGGACUCUGAGAAGUCAAAAAACUUGGACCCGGACAUCACUUGGCAGCGUGGGCGUAGUGAUACACGUGGUCCGGCCCCCAUCACAAGUACAACUCUUACCCGUAGGAUGGAUAGCACCUCCAACCAAAGUGCGGUGUCGAGUGAAGCAGCUGGACCUUGGACGGUGCAUGUAUCCCUCAUGCCCAUGGCGUCUGUAGCCUUUCCUUUUGAGAAAGACACCACGGCUUAUAAGCGUUGCUUGUCACGCGGGCUCCACCAGAUGAUUGCGGUCCAAGGGACUGACAGUGGAUCUUUUGCGAAUGCAAUCAAUGCAGCUUUUGGUAGUUUGCUGAAAGGAAGGCCAUGGAUGCCACUCCAAGCACGCCUUUGCGAUGCCAAAACGCUGCAGGGACUACCCAUGCUCCGAACUCUCGACCCUGCUCUUGUUGACGCGAACAACUACGACCAGGACUUCCUGAGCAAGCAUUGCGCAGUCUGCGGACCCAAUGGCAAGCUCGAUUCAUUGUACAUCGCCAUGCAGCUGGACUCAUUUUCGUGGCACUUCUUGCGACGAUCACCGUGCUACAUGCAGGGACUGGAGGAUAGCUGGGCGUUUGAACCAUUGCUGGAUCCUAAUUCCCCGUCCGAGGAUGAUAGUAUGGACGAGGAGGACAGACCUUCGGCGGGUGAUAUAUUGCCGCCGCUGCAGUCGCUGAAGAGAACGGCGUCGGAGAUCUCACGAACCCCGAGUUUCAGCGCUGGUUCGGGGGAAGGACAAGGCUCACGGCCGAAGGUGGCACGGACGGGAGCUUGUGUUCCCGUGCCACUAGAGCUUCGUCGACGAAUCGAGACAGUCUAG